AUGCGGUCCGCAAGCCAAAAUCCUCGUCUUGAAGUCUUGAGGUUACAGCCUCACGCACCAGAUGCGCCCAAACCCCAACAGCGUCGACCAGGCCGCAGAUGUUGGGAGGCUCCUAGUCCAGCUGACCAGUCUUGGUCACCUCAAUCUGCAGAGGAUUGGCCAGGAAGUGAUGAGUGGGAUGUCUGUGACAUGCUGACGCAGGAUUACUUGCAACGCUAUUGUGAUGGUGUGGACCUUGCUGAGGUGGAGGCCUUGGAGAUCUGCGUGGACGCGGUGCGGCAGAACGUGGACGCGCUGGGUCGAUGUCUCCCCAACCUCUUGCGACUGCGGCUUUCAGGGUCGAGCAUCAUGUGUGUUCGAGACUUAGGUGCCCACCUACAACAGCUCCAGGUGCUGUGGUUGGGCUCCUGUGGUCUGCAGGAUCUCAGUGGAGUGACCCUCAUGGAGGCCCUCCGAGAGCUCUACUUGCCCUUCAACGACGUGAGCGACGUCUCGGCCUUGAAGUGGUUGGACUUGGAGGUCUUGGACCUGGAAGGCAAUGCCUUGUCGGAUGCUAAGGACCUCUGGGAGCUCGGCCGCAUCGCGUCGCUGCGGCACCUGACGCUGCGCGGGAACCCCGUGGCGCCGCCCGUGGGCGGCGCCGAGUGGCAGGAGCUGCGGAAGGAGCUUGGUGCCAAGCUCCCGCUGUUGGAAGCCUUGGAUGAUGAAGCGGUGGACGACGAGGUGAUUUGUCCGGAGGAAGUCGAAAGCGUCUCAACUUGGGAGAAGGGAUGGAGAUUCUUGGACCACUACCUGGAGACCGAUUUGGAACUCUACAUGGACUUGUUCCUUUGCCAGGACGAAGGGCCUGAAGAGAAGGAGGCCUCCUCCCCCGGACGCCGCGCGUGGCGCGGCCUGCGCCCUGCGGCCGAGACGGCCUUCGGCUCGGAGCCGGACGAGGAGGAGCUGCUCUUGGAGCGGCUCCGGGCACCGCGGGUGAUACGACCGGGUGACACGGUGCCCUUGGGCUCUCCCUCCACUCGGGGCCAGGUUGGUGCUUUCACACUGCUACCAAGACGACCCUUGGAGCCGGACGACGGCAGCGUGCUGACCCGUGGCGAAGCCAUGGCGGGAAAUGUCUUGGGUGCUUUGAAAGCACGCCGAGGCGAAUCUGAAGCCUUGCUUUUGGACUUGGAUAUCCGCGAGCUACUGCGACGGAGCGAGGGUGCCAAUGCAUGCACCGGCAACCCAAAAAGGAGCGUGCCCCGAUCAUAUAUCGAUUGCUCCGUGCAUGAAGCAAUCCCGUUUGGAGGGACCAGGAAAGGCCUAAAAUCUCAUGGAGCACUUCGGCAUCUCUUUUCCUCCGGGCUCCCCAAUGGAUCCGACCACGCUUCACGUCGGUUGAUCACUUGA